UGAAUGAGACUCUGUGAUGGGUAGUCUACCGCUGUGGGGUCCAAUUUAGCAUCGUUUAUCCUUCGACACGCAGGGGGACACAACAGCGGAGGACAGAAAACAAUGUUCAUUCCAUUAGACUGAGAAGGGCUGCCAAUCUAAACCUGUGCGAUAUUUUAGAUCAGCGCAGUUUACCUACUCAUCAGUCAUAUUGUCGAUAAAAAGGAUAUAUAUUUUUGGGACAUGUAAGUCAAGUCUUGUGUGACCGACACCCACCGAACAGUCAAGGAUGAAAUAAGGAUGAGCCCUCCAGGGCUGUAGACGCGCCCCAGCUGGAGACAUGUUCUAAGAGCAGCAGCAGACCUGCACUGUGGCCACCAUGAAAGGGUUAGGUGCCAAUCGCAGCCGUCACCUGUCGGACUCCUGUGAGCCAUCGGGGGGCCCCCAGAAGGCCCUGUACCCCUUGACCUCUGACCCCCAUGGUCCCUUCCUCCUGAGCCCCACCAUUAACCACUACGGCACCUUGGACCCCCACCAACUCCACCACUACCAGGCCUCCAACCCCCAACCCCUGCCUCCGGAGUGCCUACUGCCCCUGAACCAGAUGUCCAACAGCAGCACUUUCCCCCGACUCCACGUCACCUCCCAACCGGAACAGUCUGACUACUCCCAGGGCUGCAUGGUCCCUGCUGGGGGCGGAGGUAGGCCUGGUGGCAGCCGGGUGGGCACCCUGUCCACCUCCAUGUCAAUGGGCAUGGGUCUGGGUCUCAGUGGGGCUCCCAUGAUCACAAGUGGAUCAGCUACCAUCUCUUCUGCGGCAGCGGCCAAGAUGAACCGGCUGCCAUCUAACCUGCUAGACCAGCUGGAGAAGCACCUGCCCCUGCAGAGGGAUGGCUUCAGUACCCUCCAGUUCCACCGGGGCAGGGUGGCCAAGCAGCGCAGCGAGAGUCCCGGACGGAUCCGCCACAUCAUGCACUCUGUCCAGAAGCUAUUCAACAAGUCCCAGUCGCUGGAGGGCUCGGUGGUCAAGGGCAACAUGAACAGCACUACAGGGGGAGGUGAGGAGGGGACAAGGCAGACCUGCAGGAGUAAGAGUAAAGACAGUGCUAAGACUGAAACGCUGAAGCAGCGACCUAGCAGGCAAAAUGCACUGGGGCUUUGGAGCUCAGAUGAUGCCCUGGAUAGUGACACAACCACCAAAGUUGGCACUAUCGCCGUGGGCUACCGUAACCCACUUAGCAUGAUGACGCUGGGCAGGGCGGUGUCAGACAGCCAGGCUCCUCCCAGGCACCUCCCACAUGGCUACAACACCAUCUCUGCCCACACACUCAAGGCCUCCAAGAGCAGCAGCGACCUCAAAUACCUGGCCUGCCCGCAAGCAAUGACAGGGACUAGGGGAGGGGAGCUGGUGGGAGGAGGAGGCAGAGAGAGCACCCUGGUGAAGCGAGGCUCCUGGUCCACACUGACCCUCAGCCAGGCCAGGCAGGUGCUCCAGAAGGGUUCAGCCACUGUCAACAGGACGCUGCUUAAAUCUAAGUCGUGUCACCAGGACCUGACCUGUCAGUACCUCCAGGUAGGAGGCCCAGUUCCACUGGGUGACUGGAGUGCUACGCUGGGGGGCCGGGGCCGAUCCAGGGGCCUUGAGAUCCCCUGCCGGAGGAUGCGUAGUGGCAGCUACGUCAAGGCCAUGGGGGACGUGGACCAGGACAGCGAGGACUCAGAGGGAAGUCCUAAACCCUCGCCCAAAACAGCCGCCCGCCGCCAGAGCUACCUGAAGGCCACCCAUCAGUCCUUGAGCGAGCAUCAGCCUCCACCACCACACAAUUGUCUCCCCUCCCUGAGAGAACUCUCCACCAAUCGGAGCCUGGACUGCCUGGUGAGCCCGUGCGAGCCCCCGAUGGCCAUGCGGCACUGGGACGAUCGCAGAGACUACCACCAAGGUUAUGCUACCCUGGGCAGGGCCAUGAUGAGCAGUGCUCAGGUGUGUGGGCAGGGCUGUGGGCGCUCGCUGUACUGCGAGGCGGAGUCCCAGGCGGUGGAGGCUCUGGACCUGCCCACACCGACGUACUUCCGCUCCCGCAGCCACAGCUACCUGCGGGCCAUCCAGGCUGGCUGCUCCCAGGAUGAGGACACCGCCUCAGUGGACUCUGAUUCACCUCCACCCACCACCACCGGCUGCACCCAUAUCUCCAGCACCACACUCCCUAGGUGUGUAAGCCGCUCCUGUAAGAAGGGCCCACCACCGGUCCCACCGCGCAGCACCUCCAAGCCCCACAUCUCUGUGACGGUGCAGAGCAGCACAGAGUCAGCCCAGGACACAUACCUGGACCAACAGGACCACCGCAGUGAGGCCAACAGCCAAUCAGGCCGCAGCAACUCCUCUGAUAGCCUCUGCAGCCUGCGUACAGGCAGCCUGGCCAAGGGCUCUCAACCCCGGGCCCCAGCCCCCAUCCCUGCCCCAAGAGACUCCUUCCCACUUCCCUUCUUCAGCACCACCACAAGUACCGGCACCCAGGUUGAGCCCCAGAAUGACACUCUAAACCCAGGCCCCAGCCUCACUCCAGACCAGUCCCUAACCCUUCCAGAGCCUGUUCCCACAAAGAGGAAGCUCUCGUCUAUCGGCAUCCAGGUGGACUGCGUUCAGCCAAUCCAGAGAGAGGUUCAACUGCCCCCCUCGACCAAGUUCCAGUCUAUUGGAGUGCAGGUGGAGAACGGCAGGCCACUCAGCCGGGCCAGCAGCAUGGCCUCCAGACAGAACACAGAGACAGAGCCUCAGGACUCUCAACAAGACACCCAUCCCUCAGAAAACAACAGUAGAGCCAACUGCAACAGCCAGCCGGUAGAUCCCGCCCUCACUGCCUCCAACGGUGAGGACAGCGCGAUGGCAUGGCAUCCUCCCAAACAUGCCCCAGUCCCGGCGAGAGUGUCUGCCUCCCUCCCAGAGAGAAUGGACCCGGCCCUGGACCCCUCCUCCCUGCCCCCUCCAGACCCCAGCUUGGAGAGUGGCAAUGGCAGUGUCCAGGGAGAUGCAGCCCAGCCCGGCACGCCCACCUGCCUCCGGGAUGGCAACUGGUUCCUCAAACUACUACAGGCUGAGACUGCACGUAUGGAGGGCUGGUGUCAACAGAUGGAGCAGGAGACCAAAGACAAGGACAUCUCAGAGGAGGUGAUGGGAACGGUCCGCAGUGCAGUGGGCAGUGCCCAGCUCCUCAUAGCCCAGAAGUUCCAGCAGUUCAGAGGACUCUGUGAUGAGAACCUGAAUGUGAAUGCCAACCCUCGGCCCACAGCCCAGGAUCUGGCGGGGUUCUGGGACCUCCUGCAGCUCUCUGUAGAGGACAUCAGUGUCAAGUUUGACGAGCUCUGGCAACUCAAGGCCAACAACUGGCAGCUGCCAGAGAAUAAGGUGGAGAGGAAGGUUGUUCCGCCCUCUGUGCCAAAGAAGACGCCUAAGCUGACCCCUGGGAAGGACCGGAGCGUGGACUCUGUGGUGGACAAGCAGCGGCAGGAGGCCAGAAAACGCCUGAUGGCGGCCAAACGCGCGGCGUCGGUACGACAGAACUCUGCCACGGAAAGCUCAGACAGCAUUGAGAUUUACGUCCCCGAGGCCCAGACACGCCUCUGAGAACAGACCGCCACCGGCAUUCUGCUCCCCCAUGAAGGAACGGCCUCUCUCACCCACAUAUACACUCACACACACAUACACAUACACACUGCUCCCCAUGAAGGAACAGCCUCACACAUGCACUAGACACACCCCGGGGUACAGAGCCUGGUCCCCUAAUGGCAGCGCAGCAUACAAUCAGAGUAGAACCCAGGAGAGCACAGGCAUGCUAAAAAUACAGAACAAUGCAAAACCACUUCCUUCCUGGCUGCCAUGGAGAUGGAGACCUCAACAGACAUUCAAUACUAUUGUUAUUACUAUUAAUAUUAUUAUUAUUAUUAUCUCCUCCUGAAAUGCAUCAAGACUGUCUUAAAUGUGCAUCUGGGAUAAAAGGACAUCCUUAUUCCUUGUCAGCUGAAGAAUCUUGGUAUCCCAGAAGUUUACUCUCUUCUCAUCCCCUCACUUCUUCUGAGUCUGCGAGCUGGGUUGGGCUAGUCCAGGCAGCCUCUCUCGUUUACCACACACACUCAGGAUACACACAGGUGUACUCAUUCACUGUCCACACAGUCUUCCUAUUUUCUCUUUGUAUUAGGCUGCCACUCCAUUGGUUGUGGACGAUAAGCUUUACUCUGUAUGGAAUAUAUAUGAGAUGGUGUUAUCGUGUACUAAGGAAGACCGUAGCAUUCUAUCUAUCUCAAAGUGGUUACCAUAAUAGUUUUGUAAAUGUUCUUUACCAGAUUGUUAGACAAGGUCCAGUGUUCAGUACUAAGGUAGUUUUUCUAUAGACCAAGUACAUGUACUGUCGUGAUGAUGUUCGCACAUGAUGCAAUCAUUCUCUCUCAUAAACACGCAAUAUGCUGUCUGUCGGUGUCUGUGCAGACUCAUGUUUUACAUCUUCUAUGCCCUUUUGAGGGAAGAAGAGAGAUUACCAGGGCCAGUUGAUGUGCGCUAAGGUAGGAAUGUAACAUGCAUUGAAAUUAACUUGAUAACUGCACCUGUCAUGCCACUUGUUUACCUGGUUACUUAACCCAUAUUUGUUGCAGGGGACCAUGAGGUAUUGUGCACCACUUAAUUACAACAUUCCCUGUUUCCUACUCAACCUCCAGUACAUUUGAAUCAUAAAGUGGAAUCAACUAUAAGCUCUCCUUUUUUCCUGAUUACCAAGACUGGUUUAUUUUAAGUGGCAUAUGCCAGAGCUCUGCCAGUGGUGUUGGGAGAGAACUCGUAUAAGCAAUAAGUAAAAUGGCAAGUUUGAACUAGCAAUGUAAAAAUGAUUCCGAUGCCCAGUCAAAAAGCAACAACCCCUAGCCCCUACACUUUCAGUGUUCUCAGAUCUGAAGUGAUAGGUGAAAGUCAAACAAUAUGUGAUGAGUCUACCUUGUCUUACAAUGUUCCAUGAGGAGCUUCAACUAUUCUUCUUCCUCCUGUCUAAUGCUUAGGCUAUGAGCUGUUUUCUCCAGGUGAGCCCUCAGUCACUAAACAAGCCAACAGUCAAACGAACCAUAACAGCGCUUUGGUCGUCAUACACCAUUAAUAACCACUACUUCAUUGGUCAAAGCCUUACCACCAACUGUCAAAUGAAUAAUGAUCCAAAAGAAUGACAACAUAGCAUACAUUAUAAACUAAGAAAUGCAUUUGCUAUGUAUCACUUAUCUGUGCAUUGAAAAGGUCUAAGAAUCUAAAUAUUUCAGACUAUGCUCAAGCUGAAUUAAUGUACUCUUAUUAUGGUGUCUGGCUGGCAGUUUGACCUCUUAUUCCUGUGUACAGAUCGAGGCACAUUGUGGAGAUAAUUUUUAAAAACAUUUUGUAUGAGACAUUUUCUGUGACUGGUUUGAAUUGACCAUGCAGUCAGCCAAAACACACUAGACUGUUUUGACCUUUGCCACAGGUUAUAUUGGUAUUUUUCUGGAUUUGGAGAGAAUUGAUGGUGCUGUAUAGGAUUGUACUGAGAUGGUGUGGAGUUUGAAUGCCUUCCUAGAGAAACAUGUCAGCAUCACUGAAAAAGAGGUGUAUUCACACUAUCACGCUACAGCAUACAUGUGUAUAUGAGCUUUCAGCUUUGCAUUUAUUUUUCUCAUGAUUCGCCAUGUUCCACUCAUUCGCUGAAUUCCAAAUCAACCCUCUAGCCUAGGCACUCCUGUUAGAUCUGAAAUGAUUGGAUAGGUAUGGAGAAAAUCCACCCACUCUGUCAGAAGCAAAUAACCUCUGAUCAGAAGGCAAAGUGCCGCGAUUACGUUUUUGCGCAAAGCUAUGUGAGGGAUUGAUUUGGAAUUUUGAUAAAGAUCUGCAAUUUCAGGAUCUCAAUGCAACUUGUCCCCUUGAAGAGCUGGCUCUCCUCCUAAAUGGCUAACACCUGUGCCACAACAAGGCUGCCCUCAAAGUGCUUGUGUGAUCCACAGUCAGUUUUGUAUUUUUAUCUCAUAAUGUAAAAUAUGGCAAUUAGUAGAACUGGGAAAGCAGCUGAUGCAGGGGCACCAGUAUGUUAAUUAUUGUUUAUUUGUAAUACAUCAUAUGGACGUGUACAUUUCAUUGUCCAAAGAAAUCAUUAAACAUCCCUUUGUUACAUC